AUGGAUCAGACGUACGACGUCGUCGUCUUGGGCACCGGAUUGAAGGAGUGCCUCGUCGCCGGUGUCCUGAGCGCGGUGGAGCGAAUGAAGGUGCUGCACGUCGAUCGAAACGAUUACUACGGCGGCGAGAGCGCGUCGCUGAACCUGUUGCAGGUGUUUGAAAAGUUUGCAAAGGAGCGAGCGAUGGAUAAGAGCGCGAUCGCGGCGAAAUACGGACGAUACCAAGACUACAACAUCGAUCUCAUUCCAAAGUACAUCAUGGGCAACGGACUCUUGACCAAGGUGCUCGUGAAGACGGGCGUGCAUCAAUACAUUCAGUUUCGCGCGGGAGACGGGAGCUUCGUCGUGGGGAAGGGAGGGAAGAUUCACAAAGUUCCCGCGAACGAUAAGGAGGCGCUGAGGAGCUCGCUGAUGGGAAUGUUUGAAAAGUUGCGAGCGCGGAGCUUUUUCGUCUUUGUGCAAAAUUUCGUCGAGACCGAUCCGAGCACGCACGGGGGAUACAACCUGCAUCGAAUGCCGGCGAGAGAGUUGUACGAAAAGUUUGGUUUAGCCGCGGAGACGGUGGAGUUCAUCGGGCACGCGCUGGCGCUGAAGACGAACGAGCGGUACCUCGACGAACCCGCGGUGAACUUGGUGAAGGCGGUGCGACUGUACUCGGAUUCCAUGGCGCGCUUUGACACGGGAUCUCCGUACAUUUACCCGCUCUACGGCCUGGGAGAGCUCCCACAGGGUUUCGCACGGUUGAGCGCGGUGUAUGGGGGGACGUACAUGCUCGCCAAACACGACGUCGAGGUGGUGUACGACGAGGAAACUGGGCGCGCGUGCGGAGUGAAAUCGGAGGGCGAAACCGCCAAGGCGAAAUUUGUCGUCGGCGAUCCGAGCUACUUUCCGGGGAAGACCAAGGUGAUGGGACAAGUCGUCAGAGCGCUGUGCUUGCUGAGCCACCCGAUUCCAAACGUGAACGACGCGGAGAGCGUACAAAUCAUCAUCCCCGCCGCGCAGUGCGGACGUCGUCACGACGUCUACGUUCUCGGCGCGGGUUCGUCGCACAAUGUGUGCGCCAAGGGGCGAUAUUUUGCCUCCGUUAGUACGACAGUCGAAACGAAUGACCCUCAGCGCGAGCUCGAGGUCGGUCUUCGCAUGCUCGGCCCGAUCGACGAAUUGUUCUACAACGUCUCAGAUGUGCACCAUCCGCUCGCCGACGGCGUCGCCGACGGAGCGUUCAUCUCCACGGGCUACGAUGCGACGACGCACUUCGAGACGACCGUUCGUGACGUGAUUGAUAUUUACAAGCGUAUCACGGGUAAAGAUUUGGAUCUGUCCAAGGAUGAUUUCACCGCGGCGGACACGAGUGGAUAA